GGAUCUGGAUUUAUCUGCUGCACCAAUGCGUUUCUAGUUUGGUGUAAUUCUUGAAAUAUUUCAUAAAAUAUGAGAAUCUUUAGUUUGUUGGAGUCACCAAACAGUUUACCCGGGGUUUAAGUAAAUAAUGGAUGAAAUAUGAACAUCACAACAGUUACAAGUAAUCCAAAUGAAUUAAACUGAUUGAGCGAUUUGAGCUUGUUUAUGUCAUGCACGCGUUGAACGCAUUCUUAUUUUCAAAUUACAAGAGACCAUUUUUCAAUUUUUUAAUCGAAAUCACGGGGAUUAAAACAGUUUUUGCAACUAUGAGUAAGCACAAGUUGAAUCUGAAGGCGUCGAGCGAUCAACCAGCUGCCAAAAAGGGGCAUUGGGCUUUAGGAUUAGUUGAUUCUAUGAAGGACCCUGAAUUACGGGUUGAAGAAGAUGACAAAGUUGUCGUUAUAAAGGACAAGUUUCCAAAAGCUGAAUUUCACUUUCUGAUAUUGCCAAAGGCAGAGAUUUCUGGAAUCCUAAGCCUUCGAAAAGAGCAUGAGGAUCUUUUAAAGCAUAUGGAUGAUGUGGCAAAAAAUUUGACAGAGAAAUAUACACACAAAGAAUUCAAAAUAGGAUACCAUGCAGUUCCGAAUAUGCAAAGAUUACACCUUCAUGUUAUAAGCACAGACUUCAACAGCCCUUGUUUGAAGACCAAAGUCCAUUGGAAUUCGUUUACGAGUCCUUUUUUUAAAUCUUCACAAAGUAUUCGAGAAGAGUUGGGAGAGAAUGGAAAAAUUAAAAAAAUGAGCUGCGAAGAAUGCGAUGGUUAUUUAAAACGUCCUCUACAAUGUCACAAAUGUAAGACCUUUCCUAAAAAUAUGCCAGAAUUAAAAAGGCACAUAUCUACCCAUUCAUGAGUGAACAAACAUAACUAUUGUUAACCUGUCUUCACAUUCAGACUACCAUCAGAUUAAAAAUUCUUCAGUUAUUGCUUAUAUCAAACUGAAAAUAUUGAAAUUGAUCAAUUUUGCGAUGAAGAUUCUCCAACAGUUCAAUGAUAAUGAAAUGAACAGCUUUUUCCUUCAAUUCACAAUGAAGAAAAGUAGAUUUACGAUACAAAUUUUUGUAAAGCUAUUUAUUUUAGUAAUAUUUUAUUGUUAAACAAAUGAUAUGUACGUGUAGCCAAGUCAGCUUUAUACGAUUUGGUGUCUCGUUUGAGUGCAGAUGCAAGUUCUCACGCUAUUCGCAUACUGCGACCCUC